AUGAAAUCAGGAAAAAGUUCAACUAAAUCAAAAGAGCCUAAUUUCAGAAUAGCGCCUAAAACAUACUCUUUAAGGACAACCCAAAAGCCACAGAAACCAAGAGGUAUUAAAGAAAGAUCACUUGAAUCAACAGAUUCUUCCAAAGAAGAUCGCUCAGAUGCAGGAAUGUUGAAAACCCUGAAAGAGAAAAAUGAUCAACUUAUCGAAAUGCUGAGAAAGGAAUAUCCUAACCCAGAAGAUCAAAAAAUGCUCGGAAUUUACCAAUCAAAGAAGAAACAUUAA